GUGCCACGAUGGUCAGCGAGCGUACAAGUAGGCGCAGCGGAACCGGAGCUCCGCCGGUCUGAACUCCGUCGUCGGUCCCCUGGCCCAUCGAAUCGCUCGAACGUACAGAACCAUACAAUUCGACGGAAUUAGACCGAGUUGGAGUUUGUCGGAGUUAGUUGGACGGAAAACGGGAGGAAAGCGCGUGUCUCGCUUAAUCGCGUCUAAUUAAGACGAUUCCCUCGUCCGCAGUGGCAUCGCGCAUGCACUGUCAUUGACCGUCUGCGGUGUCCGCUCGCCUCGUAAAUCAUCCCGGCUCACCCCCCGGCCGGAGACGACGGCUAAUUGUGUCACGGUUCUCUCAUACAGCAAUUUAUUUUCGGCAGCUACCGGCCCGAUUCACCCGGGAAAUCGGUUCGCGAUCACGCGACCACGCGACCGCGCGACCACGCGACCACGCGACCGCGCGACCGCGAGGCCACGAGACCACGCGGCGCAACGCCGCUGCUCGAAAUCUCGGUAAUCUUUGCUAAUCUUGCUCUUUCCCUCCGUUCCUGUCCGAGUUCGGUGAAAAGGGUACAUACGAGAGGCAACUAGUGAUCUGUUUUCGUUCACGGGGAGUGCGCGAGAAAGAACGAGACGAGAGAUGACCGAGGAGGAGAGGGGAUCGAGAAGGAGAUCUGUAGAGCGGUGAAGUCGUACUCGCUCGGAAUCGAGGCUGGGACACCACGUGUUCGCCGGUGUACGACGCCGACCGACGCACGUGGCUUCUGACAGAAGGGACUGGUUUCUUUUCGUAACUACCGUGCCGGACGAGGGUGAGCACAGUUUCAAGAUGCCCAGGGCUUCCGUGGUGCACAUGACGUCGACAGCGACGAGGCCGCAGCACAUGUCUCAGGUGUUGGCCACCCUGGCUCUGUCCAUGGGAACACUGUCAUCAGGCCUGGCAAAGGGUUACACUUCUCCGGCUUUGGACUCCAUCUUGGAUAGUCAACCCCCUCAUCUUUAUCAAUCUUCGAAUAACGACACAUGGUCGGCUUUCUCCGUGACGCAACAAGAAGCCUCGUGGGUAGCAUCUCUGUCGAUGCUAGGCGCAUGGUUCGGCGCUAUGAUCGGCGAUUGGAUAAUGAGAAGGGGACGUAGGCUGGCUCUUCGCGUCACCUCGAUGCCUUUGGCCGCCGUCUGGAUAUUCACCGGUAUCGCGCCCUGCGUGGAACUGGUCUACGUAACCAGCUUCAUCGGAGGCCUUUGCUGUUCGGUCAUCACUAUGGUUGCUCAGAACUGUCCAAGCUGGAUCGCGUCUUCUAUUGUCCAGGUGUACAUAUCCGAGAUCUCGAUGCCGGGCAUCAGGGGCUGCCUGUCGGCGAUGCUGAAAGUUCUGGGUCACGUCGGCGUGUUAUUGUCGUACAUAGCGGGCACGUACCUGAACUGGCGUCAAAGCGCGCUUCUGGUAGCAGUCGCACCGUCGAUGCUCUUUUUGGGGACCCUUUUUAUACCGGAAACUCCCUCGUAUCUCGUGCUGAACGGCAAAGACGACGAGGCAGCGAACAGCCUGCAAUGGCUGCGCGGGGAUCACGUCGAUAUACGACACGAGCUUCAGGUGAUCAAGACGAACAUACUGGCCUCCAGGGCGAAGCAGUACGAACUAACGUUCAAGAACAGCAUGUUCACGCCUCGGCUGUACAAACCGAUCGCCAUCACGUGCGGUUUGAUGUUCUUCCAACGAUUCUCCGGGGCGAACGCUUUCAAUUAUUACGCUGUGAUAAUAUUUCGGCAGACACUGGGCGGCAUGAAUCCUCAUGGAGCGACGAUCGCGAUCGGAUUCGUGCAAUUGUUGGCUUCCUUGUUGUCCGGAUUUCUGAUCGACAUCGUGGGAAGACUGCCGCUCCUGAUAGCUAGCACCGUCUUCAUGUCGUUGGCGUUGGCUGGUUUCGGGAGUUACGCGUACUACAUGUCACAGACGCAGAAUCUGGGGUAUCCAGACACCGCGGUGGUCGGUCAACAGGACUGGAUACCGUUGCUCUGCGUGCUCGUCUUCACGACUGCACUGGCUUUGGGCAUAUCGCCAAUUUCGUGGUUAUUGAUUGGCGAGCUCUUUCCCCUGGAGUAUCGUGGCCUCGGCUCGAGUAUCAGCACCAGCUUCAGCUACUUCUGCGCGUUCGUCGGGAUUAAACUCUUCAUGGAUUUUCAGCAGAUGUUCGGGCUGCACGGCGCGUUCUGGUUCUACGCGGCGGUGGCGGUGUGCGGUUUGUGCUUCGUGGUCUGCUGCGUCCCGGAAACGAAAGGGAAACAGUUGGACGAGAUGAACCCGGACUACGCGCAGGCUCGGUAGUAUAAGGCCUCGCUGACAGGCGGCCUGUCCAAUCUGGAGAAGGCGAACAAGCCUCUGCCAGGCGGAGCGUACCCGAACCAGCACGAUCCGCGGGAUCUGUACAACGGGGGUGCGGCCAGGGGCGCGCAGCCAGCGACCACCCAUCGAACCGGUAGAACCGGACACCGGAAGUUGUCCGAUUAUUGCAACAUCUUCGCCGAGAAGACCAACAGGAUCGGUAGGAACGUCGAGAGCUUCAUGCAGUCGCGCGGAUUCUUCGCGGGACGUCGUUCCACGGACGAGGCCGCCGGCAGAAGUGCCGCGACGGCUGCGCACAGGAGCAACGGGGACGUGAUCCGGACCGAUUAUCGGUUCCCCGAUCGGCUGGAAGACCGUGUCGCUGCUCGCGAGGCGGACCGCCAUCGCUACGGCCGGCCCGAGCGGAAUCACCGCGACCGAUCCGUCUACCCGAAGACCGUGUACCCUCAGGGGAGCAGCGUCGAGAGCGGCUACACGGCGGCGCAGUCGCGACGGUCCAGGCGACGCGAUUACGCGGACGUCUACCGGGACAGCUGGAACGCCGGACCGAGCGACACGGACGGGCCGAAACCGAGCCUGAGGAACGGGGCCGGGAUUCCUCGCGGGCGGACCGACCGCCCGUACAGCUCGACCCUGCCCAGGCGGAGCAGGACCAUCAAUUUCAGGGAUCAGCCGGACAACGCUCUCGAUUCCUUCAGGAAUUACCCGAAGAGCCUCCAAGAUCUCUCCGACCUGGAGUUGGAGGACGGGAUCCGGGAUCCUCGCGUCCCGGCUGUGCCCUCCUUUCUCUCCAAGGACAGGCAGUGGAGGGACGACUGGCUGCUGGACGACGGACACCGGCGUCGCAGACUUCACCGCGAGGAGCAACUCGAGGACGACUAUCUCAGACUGUACAGGAGCCUCUCGAGGCUCGACAAGUAUUCGCCCGGUGGGAGGUACGAGCCGGGGCAGGUGCACUACGAAAGGGAGUGCCGGACAUUCGGCAAGGACACGGUCGCGUUCAUCUAUUACAAAACCUGUUACUUGUGAUGCAGGAAGAACGGCGACAGGCUAGGGAACCACCUCGGAACCAGUUCGGAACAUCGACGUCCCAGAAUCGUUCGUUCUUUAGGGUGUUAGGUCCAACGAACACGCUGAUCGUGAUCGGUGGUGUACGAUCUCUUCCGUAGAAUUCUUGUUCUUCCGAUAGGUCUCGCGAUUGACAUUCAACUCGGUUGAACAUCGGUACGUCGUGAUCAGUAGCGUAGAGUGGAUUUCUUCGGGAUUUUUCCUAUCCGAGUGCUGUCGGAGUAUCGCUCGAGCCCUGAUUUCUCACCGGAGAGAUCCGACGAACGGUGACUUUGGAUCGCCAGGUUCCUUCGCUGUCGAUCCGAGACGGGUUCGGCCGAUAGUCCCGUAACGACGGCCCGCCGAACGCUUGGAACGGCGCGCGGGGAUCGAUUAGGAUCGUGUUCGGUAGAGACGCUCGGUUUCGAGAGCGGCACUCGAAAGGCUCGUAAUCAAAAGUGUACAAUUUCUACACGCGACUAGCGUAUUAAAUAGAAGAUGGAGACGUUACGUUCGUAAGCGCCGAAAGAUCAACGUUCGUUUUCCGUCUGACCAGUCUCUGCUCACAUACCUUGUCCCCUUUCGGUCGUUGCGAGCCAAGGAUAUACAUAUACAUAUACAUAUAUAUAUAUAUAUAUAUAUAUAUAUAUAUAUAUAUAUAUAUAUAUAUAUCUUCCCCUUUUAGAAAGGUAAAUAUCACGACUGAACCAUGCGAAUUUUUCUAAUUAGCCGAUUCGUCUUUGUACUUUUGCCUUGGGAACUGUUUACCCAACCGUUAUAUUUCGACCAAGACGGAUUCGCAACGCGUACACGUGCGAACACGUUUAGUUUCCGUCGGAACCGGAACCACCGCGGACACCACGUCCGCGGAUCUAGUCGAGGACCCUUCUCAUCGGGACUAAAACAAAAGAACGCUCUUCCGUGCAACGUGCCUUCUCAAAAAGCACGAACAACUCUUUCGAGUGUACCGAUCGGCCGGUACACCGUUGUACAUACACACGAGAACGAGAGGAUACGAUGUAUCCAACUAUCGUACGAUGCGGAGCCGGGGGUUGAAAACGGUUGAUGAAUCGGUGAACAAAUCGGUUCCGGUUCUUCAAAGAAUCGCGGGAACUGAAACGGUGCUGUAACGUAACUCGCGUUAGGUCGUCACCGAAGAGAAGCUUCGUAUUCCAGAUUCUUUCGAACAUUUCAUGGUUACGUAUCCCACAGAUACUUUCCUUUGAACCCGUUAAGAAGCAGUUUUAGAGGAAAAGUUCGAGGUAUAAAGAAUGAAACUGUCGCACCAUCGUUUCAGUUUGCACAGCUAUCUGGGUCAGAACCAUCAAAUAAUUAGUUAUCAACGGCAAAUCCUGGGACCGUUUCAACCCCUGCGCGAGACACUUAGAAAUAGGCUCGACAGACUGAACCGUCGAUGAUCGUCGGCGUUUCUCCUGGCGUGUUGGCCACGCGACACGUUUUUCGGAUCUCGAUACGCGACAAUACGCGAUACGCGACAAUACGCGACAAUACGCGACAAUACGCAAAGUAGAGAGACGUAGAGUGAUGUAGAGAGACGUAGAGAGAUGGAAGACUCGUAGAGAGGAAAAGUAAUCGAGGAAACGUUGCUCCUUCCAACGAGAGUUCUUUCAAGAGUAACGGACUGAUCCGUCGAACCCCGUCUGCAGUGGCGUGCAGCUUCGCCGUCGGCGACGAGAACCAGCUGGCUGGUAACGGUCGAUCCUUUUUGCGGUAGCCCUCGCGGUCGACGCGAUCGUGACGAAUCGCUGGGACGAUAAUGGUAGUUUCUAGCGAUAGGAGCGUGUAGCUACCAUCCGAAGAAAUACGUCUAUUUUCUAUUGAAAUGCGUGGCAGGGAAGGAAGUAUCGCGCAGGGAAGACCGGUCGAACAGACGUUACUUUUACAUCCAUUCCGACGAUGUCUACGGCUGUGUCGCAUAAACGGACGGAACGCGUAUGUAGAACGGAGAGAUUAGAGAAGGAAUAUUUUACAAUGGGCUAAAGUUUACACACUCGGGCCUCGUUCUAAGGAUUUAGCGCGGGGGCCAUUGACUAAAUGAUGACAAUAUUAAUUGUAGAUAUUAUACAUGUAUUAUACAUAUAUCGUUAGUACCUACAUCCGCGUACUAUCUUUCGUACUAAGUAAUUACUAUGUAAAUCGAUCGAAAUCGAUCAAAAUCGAUCGCUAUUGUACAAUACGUUGGCUAGAUACGGCGCGGAAUGGAAGUCUUCGAGCGUUGCAGUUUGUAUAUUUCUAUCGUUAGGUUUGAACCGUUGUAAUCUUUUGCUAGAAAUGUUGAGGGAUAUUCUAGAAUAAUUAAACAGGAAUGAUCGACGGUUCGACAGUUCGACAGUUCGACAGUUCAACGGACAAAGUGUGCGAUCAAAUGUUGUUUCUCGCGAAAUAUUUUCGAUUGGCAGCAAUUUCGUAAACGGAAGAAAAGAAACAACUUUAGAGUUUCAAAUUUCUAUGCACUCGAGUAAUUCGAUGAUGCGCGAUACGUGCAACAUCUCUACGCUUGUACUGAACGUUCGAACACUUUGAUUGCUCGCUGUACGCGCGAGUGUCUAUAGACACGCGGCCGCCGUGAACUCGUUAAACGUUUGCCAAACUCGUAGAAAUCGAAACUUGAAAAUUCGGCUUAUCGUGGGAUCGACAACGCGGGGUCCUGCAGCGUCGUCGGCGGCCUCCUAUCGAAGGAUUCUCUACUCUCGCUUCGAUUCCCAGAGACUUAAAAAUGUACAAGUUGUUUCAAGAUAAGCGCGAGACACGAUUACCUAAAGGUAAAAGGUUUUCAAGUUGCCGUGAAAGUAACUUUCUUUCCUGUGAAAAGGGGCAAUUAUCAUCUGGUUUCCUUUAAAAUGAUUCACAUUUUUCCCCCCUAAAACGAUACGGAUAAUCACAAUUGCGUUGCAUUGGAAAUCUUGUUUACCGAGAGAAGAACAGAUUAUUUUGUCGAAAGCUCGAAGGUGUCCUGUCGAAUCGAGGACUUGAAACGAAUAGAAGUAAAGUAAGCUUUUAUUGCCGUCGACGAUCGCUAGGAUUUUUGUACAAUUUUCGUCGGGACACGCGUUCGUGCAAAGUUAGACACGUGCAAUGAUACCAUCCAAUCUCAAAAUUGAGAGAGGACUUCCCGUUUCGUAGUAGAGUAAUAUUAAACGAAGAAAUACACGCGAACAGAAGGAACAACGGCAUUUGUAUUUUGUAUUUUUAUAUAGUUUGUAGAAGCGUCGAGUUUGCAGAAGGGACGAUCUGCACCUGUGAUUGAGCGCCUAGUCUUCACGGAUCAAAAUAUUUUUCAUGGAAUUAUGAUUGUUUCGUAGCGAAGGGAUUCAGAGUGAAGAAAGUUGAGUUCGUGAUCGUGUAAAUCGGUUCGAUCGUUCCAACGCCUCCUUCUAUCCGAACGAAUCGAGUUCGGCCGAGAUCGGGGACGUUGAACACAGCAUAUCAAUGAACGUGCAUCGUUUGCCUAAUUUUUCCUCGCGUGAUCGACUCGAGAGCCACGAUCGACGCGACGAUAUCUUUUUCGGUGCAGCCUAUCGGCAGGACUUGUUGGAUCCGUGAUCGUUUACGGCCGUCAGUCGUAUUCCUGUCGUAAACCGAUACUGUAACGACGAGGACGGACUGUUCGAUGCGUAGAGCAGCGUGUACUUGAAAUCCUUACAAUCGAUUACCUUCGUAGAGCAGUGAUUAUAAAUCAGAGUUCUCGUCUUUCUAAUAGCCUCUAACAACAACAGCGACAGCGACAGCAACAGCAACAGCAACAGCAACAGCAACAGCAACAGCAACAGCAAAGAAAACAAUCCGAGACGCGAUUAAACCAGACGGAACGAGAGAAAAACGAAUCUGUAAACUGUCUCGAGUAAAACAUAUCUCCGUUUAGUCGAUAGUGAAACUCUCAGCUGUCCCGGCGUUCACCGAAACGAAACAGGGAAACGCAAAGAGUGGCAUCUUCGAAUAUCAUAUCUAUCUAAAUGAAUCUUUCUAAAUGCUCAAGGGUUUGGACGCGGUAUCGAAUGCGAGAGGAUAGCCGAGAAAUCGGAGAAUAAAACGAACAGUAGGUUUUACCGUUUAAGUUAGCGCCGGUGCAAUGCUCGUGAAACGAGUGCACGUAGCUUAAGGAAAAGAAAAGGAAACAAAUACUUCGGAAUUCUAUACAUACAUGCAUACGUAUAUACAUGUAUACAUAUACAAUUGUACAGAAACGUUCUUCGACCAUCGUAACACGAAUGCAUCUCGUUUCUCUUUAGCCAUAUCGAACAAAAAGCGUACGUAGUGGUAUUCUUUCCGAACGAAUCACUUCAAACGCGAUCUAUUCCUAUAACUAGCAAGAACGUUUCUCCCUCUGCCUCUGUACCUCCUUUCUUCCUCCCUUCCUCCCUUCCUCUCUUCCCCUCCUCCUACCGUUCCUCUCUUCCUCACCGAUUAAUCGGGCAAAACUCCUUCUUUCGACUAAAGUAGCUAGGGAGGAGCAGCGAGUAUAAAAGAAAGAAAAAAAUAUGAAAUCUGCACUGUGCACUCUCGUGAAUUGAAGAUUUUAUCGUAAUCGUAGGUGUAGCGAUUAGGCGAAUCGAAAGUCGGAUACGAUGAUUCUCAUUGCUGCAGAUGUUUCCAAGUAAAUACCUACAUAGUCGCGCGACUGAUCGAGGAGUCGUUUCAUGCAGGCCGUGGUCGACCAGUUGUUUAGCCCGGGAUCGAGGACCGAUCGAGCGUAGUCGAUCGAUCUCUCGUACACGUACGAAGUCUAACGGAUUUUUGCAAUCGUAGUUUACGGAAAAACAUGGAGAAACAUCAGCUUUCGUUCUAGCGAAUCGCGCAACUUGAAAAUGCAAUUUACGAGUCGAAUUUCUAUUUCCUUGGUGUUUCCGAUUAUGUAAACAUUAAACAUUUCUUUCCAAGCUGAUCGAGAAAAAUGAUUGCGUGGCCCAACCUCUCCGAGGGAAACGGUCCCUGAACGUCGCGCAAGUCCGACAAAGCCGACAUCCGAAUCAGAAAAGAAUGUCUCAUUCUUCCCGUUGAGAAUAGUAAUCGAACAAUUUGAUACCCCGAUCACGAAACGAUAACGUGUGUCCGGGCAUUAAAAUCGUCACGGCCUGCAGAGUAGGUUAUAGGAACAUAUAAACAUAAACAUAAGCAUAAACAUAUAAACAUACUCGUACAUGCAUAUAUGAUUAUAAAGUCUUCUGUUUAUCGACAAUAAAUGAACGCGAGCUAUUUACAAGUUACUGACAAUAAGCGGACACUCGAAGGAAGCGCUGGCCGUCACCGAUGAGGGAUGUUCAAACUGUAGAUAUGCUAAAGAGAGAAUAUUCCGAGAAGGUAUUUUCCAAAAGCUGCGUACGUUAAGAUUAUACAUAGUACUAUGACAAAAGUAUACAUAUACAUAUACCUGACCUAGCCUGAAAUGGUCGCACCUAGCUUCGCUUGCUAGAUUUAAUAUUUUUGUAAUGACGCUUAGACGUAGCUUGUUUGUACCUUUACAAAGUAAAUCGGUUGAAAUUUGCGCAUCGUCGCCGACACACGACGUUCAAACGGGAACGCGCCGAUUGUCCCGCCACUGGCAGCAACUGUUCAACUACUCGAACGGUCGAAUCGACAUUAAUCAUGUGAAUCAUUAACGCAUAGAGAAAAAUUACAUGGAAAUUUACAUUUGAAUACUCGGAGAAUUGCAAUGAUUCCAUUCGAAAUUGACAGGCACAAACUUGAAUGAAGCCUGGAUCAAACUUGGAUAGUUUUGUCGUAAAAAAAUGUCUCGACAGUGACAAUCGCGCGUUCCUACGAAUGACCACCGUUCGAAAUAUACCGUCAUCUCAAACCGUACGUGAAUUCUCUGCGAUAGCGAAAACAUCAAAUGAAAAGAAAAGAAAAGAAAAGAAAAGAAAAGAAAAGAAAUGGAAGAUGGAUGGAAGAGAAUAUCGAUUUCUCCUCGUCGCCUGCAUACGGACGUUGACGAUUUCCUUCGAUUGCAUUCUAUUCAACGGUAGUUGGACCAAUCUGAAUCGAAAGAGAUCUUCGAGCUCGCGUUUGGAUGGCCGUUCACCGAUAUCGAAACGAUACGGUCAACCGUUGAAUGGAAGUCGAUCGGAGAUGAAAUACGAAAAGCACAAAACAAUCCUGCCUAAAAGGUGGCGCGAGAUUCGUAUUUUGAAAGGAGGGUCGCGCGCUUCCGGUCCAACGGACGCGCGCCGUGUAUUUCUGUUACACGCGCGUUACCUAUGUACUUAAGUCAUACAGUUUCGUUAGCAUCUGCGUUUGUACCUCUCUAGAAGUAACGAACGAACACACCGAACACACGAUCGCUAAAACGACCUUCGGCGGAACCAAACAAACAAUUGCGUGUUUCUUUAGAGAUCCAUAUACACCUACG